AUGUCGGCCGAGGAGAGGAAGGCUGAAAACGCCCAGGCUGUCGAGGUGCUCAGUCGCGAGGUUCAGAGCCUCGAUGAAAACUCGUUCCCUACUCUGAAGUCGAUCGGAGAGAACGAACUAUUUCGUCUUCGCGGUGGCAUCUCUGAUACCCUCGAUGUCGUCGAUAACAAACGUGUAAAGAUUCGGGCUAAAGUUACGAUCCCAGUGGAGCAAUAUCCCAGCAUAAAUUUCGUUGGGAAGCUUCUUGGCCCGGGUGGUCAAACCCUCCGCUCCAUUCAGGAGGAGACCCGUACUAAAAUGGCUAUUCUCGGGCACGGUUCGUUGAGGGAUGAAGCAAAGGAGAAAGAACUCCUGUCUGGUGGCGACCCGAAAUAUCAGCACCUGAAACAACCCCUUCAUUUGCAGAUCGAUUGUCUGGCUCCCCCUGCAGAAGCCUACUAUAAUGUCUCCCAUGCGCUUGCUCAGGUCAAGCGUGUUAUGAUGCCGGACGCAAAUGGCCAACAGAACGCUCCCUGGGGAGUCGGAGCUCCUAAUGCUGCUAGCCGUGGCGCCGCGGCAAUACGUGGCCGGGGACGAGGCCGUGGCGGCUUUGCCAAUCAAGCUGCCUAUGGAACUCCAGCGAACUUUGCCACUCCUCCGGCUGGAGCGAUGCGUGGGGCUCGCGGUGGUGCCACUAGAGGUCGCGGUUGGGGUGUGAGCAGCGCAGCUCCUGCUGCCGGUCCGACGGCCGCUGCUGUUCCGGCACAAGGUGAUGUCUAUGGAAACGGAAUGGAACAGUAUGCUUAUCCCGAGCAGCUGACCUACGAUCAGAGUCAGUACACUGCUACAGGCUACGAGGACUACUCGGCUCAGUAUGCUUGCAAUGGUGAGAAAUUGCCUCGUCUUACGGGCACGCAGGUCUUCAUUACGGGCAACGGGUGGGCGUUCGUGGGUAGUUCUGCUUUCGUACCCAAUCUCCGAUCCUUCAAGUCGGAUUCUGGUUUUGUCACUCUGGGGGCCUGCGGUUCCCCACCUCGAUUAUUCCCAUUCACCAGGUUUGUGCAGUUGAUUGGUAGUGUCGUGUCUACUUGUUGCACACAGCGAGGGGCUGCUAAUGUGGUGGAGCUCUGGACGUUUGGUGAGCUCAUUGCAGCCCGCAUCGUGUGUGGAAGACGUUGGUUCCAAACCCUUUCCUUCAUUCAGGUCUGA